AUGAUGCACAUAAGCCUAACAUCCAUCGGACUGCUCCUACUAUGUUUAAUUUAUCAUGCUUCUGCACAACACACCAUAUGUAAUUCGUUGGAAGGUUACGAUACGAAAUUUUUACUGAAUGCUGUUCAAUGGCGAGUUACAGCAGAUUAUCAAUGCCUUGGUCAUCCAGCCGCUAAUUGCACUUAUUUUUUCAGCUUUUGUCAAACAGGCAUGUUUGUUUGGGUUUUUUUUUGCCGUGCGAAAACUCAUCCAUGCGUGUUGUCUUCUUUAGCUCCUAAUUGUCUUAACGAAUACUCGGCAUGUCAAAACUCGUCAGCGUCAUCGAAUAUAACGGUUCUUGGUGCUCUUUCAACAACAGUCUUUUAUGAAAAUGAUCCGGGAGAAAAAGGUUUCUACGCUCUCUUUGCCCGAGCGCCCAAUCAAACUGUAUCAAACACAACUACUUGUGCGCCGUCAUUUAAAAUCAAAUUUCGAUGUAAUCUUCAAUCGCACUGGUUUGCACCUGUUGGUGAUGAGACAGCAAAUACACCAGAGCCAACCGAUAUUGAAAUUGAUGACCAAUGUUUAACUACGAUGACAUUCGACUUUCCAGGGGCAUGUAUACACGAAGAUGAACCUAAGAAAGGAUUAAGCGGCGGAUCAGUUUUCCUUCUAAUAUUAUUCUCUGUCCUGAUAGCUUAUUUUCUAGUCGGUGUAGCAUACAAUGGCCUUUACAAACAUAAAUCAGGUAUCCAUUUGAUUCCCCAAGCAGAAUUUUGGAUAUCAUUACCAUUACUUGCUAUCGAAGGUUGCCGUACUACGCUUGGUAUCUGUUCAAGAUCUUCUUCUGAGAGUCGCGCAACUUACGAUUCGGUUUAA